AGUCAUCUAUCCAGGAUCUUGCAUGCAUUUGUCUCCCUUCGUAGGCUAUAGCGGAGUAAUUUUCUUUUCCUCUUGGCGGUUAAUUCAACCGUUAUGACUCUAAAUGAUGCGGCAGCAGGAGAUGAAACCCUGAGAGGAUAAUGUGCAGUUUUCAGCGGACGUUAAAGAUCCGGAUUGGGUCAAUGGACGCCAGGACUUGAAGUGGUGCUGUUUUGACAGCUGGGUUGAGCUCCCAGUACCUGGUCUGAGUGUCUGAGAGAGAGAGGGACGCGUAUACUAGACAAAACUGGAUAUUCAAGUCUUUAAGAGGGAUUACUUUAUGUAGAGGCGACUAUCUGCGACAGGGAAGUUGAUUUUUCAGCGCCAUCGACGAGAGGACAGAAAGGUGAGAGUCGUCUCAGUGUUUGCUCGCCUCCCACCGACUCGUGGUCAUGGCCUCAUCCCGGCUGAAGUACCUCUCUUUGGGGGUGCUGGUGUUCCAGACCACCUCCCUGGUGCUUACCAUGCGCUACUCCCGGACCCUGCAGGCCGAGGGCCCGCGGUACCUGGCUUCCUCAGCUGUGGUGGUGGCUGAGGUCAUGAAGAUCCUAACCUGUAUACUGCUGGUCUACAAAGAGCACAAAUACAGCAUGCGAGCUCUGAACAGUGUUCUGCGUCAGGAAAUUGCCCAUAAACCCAUAGAAACUCUGAAACUCGCAAUCCCCUCGGGGAUCUACACCCUGCAGAACAACCUGCUGUAUGUCGCCCUGUCUAACCUGGAUGCAGCCACCUACCAGGUUACGUACCAGCUGAAGAUCCUGACCACAGCGCUGUUCUCUGUGUCCAUGCUGGGCCGCAGACUGGGCAUCUAUCAGUGGCUGUCACUGGUGAUUCUUAUGGCUGGAGUGGCUCUGGUGCAGUGGCCCUCAGAGUCUGCUCAGGCUCAAGAAAAAGAGACCCUCUCAGCAGGCUCCCAGUUUGUGGGUGUGGCGGCGGUGCUGGUGGCGUGCUGCUCCAGUGGGUUUGCUGGCGUCUACUUUGAGAAGAUCCUGAAGGAGAGCAAACAGAGCGUGUGGGUCCGAAACAUCCAGCUCGGUAUGUUUGGCCUGGUGUUUGGCCUCGUUGGGAUGCUGGCUUAUGAUGGAGAGAGGGUUAGAGAAUCUGGAAUGUUCCAGGGGUACAACUCAAUCACCUGGACUGUCGUAGCUCUUCAGGCACUGGGGGGUCUGGUCAUUGCAGCGGUCAUCAAGUAUGCAGACAACAUCCUCAAGGGCUUCGCUACGUCGCUCUCCAUCAUCCUGUCAACGCUGAUAUCCUACUUCUUGCUUCAGGACUUCGACCCUUCAGGCGUUUUCUUCCUGGGGGCCAUUUUCGUCAUCGUGGCCACUUUCCUGUAUGGCUACGAAGUCAAGCCACCCUCCAACCCCAGCAGGGCGUAGGACUCACACGGCUGACACUACAGCAGCAGGAGAAGGUCCUGCUGAUGUCACAAUGUGGAGGGGAAAGGAGGACAGAGAGCUGGAGAGAAAAUAAGGGGAAAGGUCUUUAUCAUAUGUUGUGAUCACAAACAGGAUGAGAGAUCAGAGGAGUAGGAGGAGAGGAGGAAAGCAGAGAGAGUGAAAAGAUGGCUAAAAAACAUGUAAGUGAUCAGUCACACACCAAAAGUGCCUCCGUUAUGAAGGGUAACCAAUGAGAAAAAGAUCACUGUGGCAAAACAGGAUUGUGUGUUUUCCUUUUUUCCAUAGAAUUGCCACUGUAGAGAAAAUCCUGGCUGCCACAGCUCCAGAUGUGGCAAGGUUUUCCCAUUGGGACCGACUGAUUGUUUUAUUGAGAAACGGACUGCAAGUCACUGUAACUGCCACAUCAGUUGCACUUCUACUGUUGAGAACAGGAAAAAAACAUUUUAGAUGUAGGGAAAUAGGACCACACUGUCGGCUGGUUUCAGUAUUGAUGCUUCUGAGUCUUCAUUUCUUACUUUGAAAGCUCUGAAAGCACAUUUCUCCCCCAGGAAUGGGCCCAUCGAUCCGUUACUCACUCUAAAGCUGUGUACAAUACACAAUCUGACUGUUAAGGUUUGCUCUGGGGCCAUGUUUGGGGUUAGAGCUUCCUUAAGAUGGGGGGAUUUGUGCACAGCUUAAGAGGUAGGUCUGCCUGCGAGGCACACGUCGGGGCAAAACACCCCAUUACUCAUAGCACUGGGAGCCUUCAGUCAUAGAAUUUACAGUGACCAUAAGGUAUUGUUUCCUUAAUUACAGCUCUUGUGUUGCAUUUCUCUUCAGCUAUUUUUGGAACAGUUUUUGUUGCCAGGCAACAUAUGGUCACUGAGACAUCUUUGAUAACACAUGUGUGUGUGUGUGUGUGUGUGUGAGUGUGAGCGUGAGAGUGUGUGUUUGUGACAGAUAUUUUACUGAAUGAGUCUGGUCUGUCUGAGUCUGAUAGAGUUAUAUGAUUUAAUUAAUCUGGGUUUAAGGAGUACAUGAAUUUAAUUCAGAAAUACUGUUCUAGGCUGGAAGAAGGUUAAUUUUUUGUUUAAAUUUCAUAAUGUGGUGAAGAUUAUUCUGUAAAACUUGAAAUUGUGUUAAUCUUGGGUGUAAAUAAUGGCACCAUAUAAUCUAAAAACUAAAUGAACUGUCUUUGUAACUUAUUCAUUCAUUCAGUUGGGGAAUUACAUGAAUUUCAAAGCCAUGAAUGAUGCACAUCCAGCUCACUAAGUCCUGAACUCAUGGAAAAGUAGAUUCAGUUUAAUUUUUGAUAAAGAAAUCAUAUAACUAAAUAUGGCCCAGCUAAUUCUGAACAGCCUACAUUGUUGGUUUUCUUGACAUCAGACAUCUGUGAGGCAGUUUUCCUGAAAAAAAAAAUACCAUUACAUUGUGGCUUUUUCCUCCUA